GUUGAGGUUACUUAACAGAAGGAGAGCAGAAUUCUUUCCAGUAUCGAAUUAUUAAAGUUCGUGUGUGACCCUGGAGUCUCCACCUGUUCUAGUGCGAUUGGACAUAUUUUUCUUUUUUGCCCUGUCGUUCUCUGGUUGUCAUUGAGAUAUCCCAAAAUGUUCGCUGUCAGAAGAGCUUUGUGUCUUUGCCCAAGAGUGGCAAAUGUUAGUGUCUCGCGACGAGGAUGCGCUGGGGCUAUUCCAGUAGACGACUUCGUGAACGGUCUCAACGAAGAGCAGAUGCAGCUUAGACAGACAGUCCAGAGAUUCUGCCAAGAGAAGCUCGCUCCUCAUGCAGAUGAGAUUGACAAGAAAAACGAGUUUCCUCGCAUGAGGGAAUUUUGGAAGGAGAUGGGUGAUCUUGGACUGCUUGGAAUCACUGCUCCAGUGGAGUAUGGUGGAACGGGAUUGGGCUAUCUUGAUCAUGUAAUUGUUAUGGAGGAGAUGUCCCGUGUGUCAGCCGCUAUCGCACUCAGCUAUGGAGCUCACUCUAACUUGUGUGUAAAUCAGAUGGUUCGACAUGCAAACCAGAAACAGAAAGAGAAGUACAUGCUUAAGUUGAUGACAGGGGAACAUGUGGGUGCUUUGGCCAUGAGUGAGCCCAACGCUGGCUCUGAUGUGGUGUCCAUGAAACUGACAGCCAGAAAGGAAGGUGACCACUAUGUGUUAAACGGUAAUAAAUUCUGGAUUACGAAUGGGCCUGAUGCGGAUGUUCUUAUUGUGUAUGCUAAGACAAACCCAGAAGCAAUGGCUCGUGGGAUCAGUGCUUUCAUCAUAGAGAAGGGUAUGCCAGGAUUCAGCACUGCACAGAAGCUGGAUAAACUGGGAAUGAGAGGAUCCAAUACCUGUGAACUGAUCUUUGAGGACUGCAAGGUUCCAGAGGAAAAUAUUCUGGGCCCAUUGAAUAAAGGGGUAUAUGUCAUGAUGAGUGGACUGGAUCUGGAAAGACUUGUAUUGGCUUCUGGACCCGUUGGCAUCAUGCAAGCUGUGCUUGACCAUGCAAUUCCCUAUGUACAUGUUCGUGAAGCAUUUGGGCAGAAAAUUGGCCACUUCCAGCUAAUGCAAGGGAAGAUGGCUGAUAUGUACACACGGCUUAGUUCGUGUCGGCAGUAUUUAUACAAUGUCGCCCGUGCUUGUGACAAAGGCCAUGUCAGUGCAAAGGACUGUGCUGGGGUAAUCCUUUAUUGUGCUGAGAACGCCACUCAAGUUGCCUUGGAUGGGAUUCAAUGCCUGGGUGGAAAUGGUUACAUUAAUGACUACCCAUUGGGCCGCUUCCUAAGGGAUGCUAAACUUUAUGAGAUUGGAGCUGGCACUAGUGAGGUCAGAAGGAUAAUCAUUGGCAGGGCCUUCAAUGCCAUGUUCAAAUAGAAGUCGCACUUACCGGAUGAGUGACGGUUAUUAAAUUCAACAGAAAAUGGGGCAGUGAACAACUGUCACAAAAUGAUCCUCUGGCAUCCUUAUCAACACUUUAAAUCACAUGAGGAUUAAUGUGCUUAUUCAAGAGGGAUGAUGCAAAACUAUAUUAGAUACUUGGUUAUUUGUGUACUUUUUUUUUUGGGAUGUCAAAAACUGUUUGACUCUCUCUAGAGUAUGUACAUGAGUGGUCACACACACACAAGAACAAAUGCACAUUUAAUGCACAAUAAUACAAUGCAUUAACAACAGAUUUACUGUUUAACCUGUAAGUGAUUUUCAAAGGACAGACUAUGAAUUCUUCAUGACAGACUAAUUGCACUUUGAAAAAAGCGCUUACGAGAGCACACACGCACCCAAUACCAAUUUUUCCACAGAAGUCUUCGUCAUGUCGGUAAUUGUCUUGUUACUGUUUUCCUCAACUUUUUGACUCCUCACAUGUAAACUAUGUUAAUUUUUCUUUCAUGCAUAAAAGUGCUUUAUAGUGCAUAUUUAUUGCAGUGCAUGUAAUUCAAGCAUUCUUUUCCAUUCAUUGUAUCUACAUAUCAAAGUUUUCAGAAACCUGCAUUAUGGAUAAUCAAUUACCUAUGUACAUGUUCGUGAAGCAGUCAGAUCAGAUGUUGUUUGUUUUAUUAAUUAUUUAGAAUAAAGAACUCAAAUCAUC